CCCUGCAGGUCGCAGCAUGAGGCGCGCACAUCGGGCUCGUGUGUGUGAGAGGAGAGAACCGAGCUCGUCUCAUCCGAGGCUCUAACGAGUGUUUCUUUAAGUGCGUGUGGGGAGUUUUCCUGCACGGGGGUGAGAGGAGGGGUUGGAGAGUGACGCUGGCUGCGCCUUGGUGCCGAGCGGAGCGCUCACCUGCGGAUGAGAGAGCCGGGGAAACUCGGGGCAGAGCUGCAGCACAACGCACGGAGCGCGAGCACGGGGGACGUAACAGGAGAGUCUGACCGAGGAGAGAACAGGGGGACGUAAGAGCAGCAGCAGCAGCACCGGAGGAGAAGAAUUUACGAACCGACCCCUUCUUUUUUUCCUUCUGGUUCCUCGUCCAGCACGCAGCCCCUGACGCGCGUAUCCCCGCCACCAUGAGAGCUGACUUCGCUCUGGUCCUGACCGCGGCGCUUCUCCUGGACACGUUCUGGAGGAAUAAUGCGGAGCGUGCUCUCAAAGGUCCCUGCCGACCUGGCUUCUCGCAGAGCUUCUACUCUGUGCUGAUUUCAAGGGAUGUACUGCAAGGCCAGGGCAUACUCAAAGAUGCCGCAGUAUCAUCACAAAAAGUGAAGUUUGACGACUGCGUGGGGAAUGAAGCUGUGGUUUUUCGGAGCAGUGACCCCGUCUUCAGCGUGCGGACAGAUGGGUCCAUCUACGCCCGGGGAGCGGGAGCCAGCCUAGAUGAACCGGUCCAGUUUAAACUGACAGCAAGUGGUCCGCAGGCACACGUCUGGGAGACUGUGGUCCAACUGGCACUGUUUGACCCGCCACCACCGUCCCCUCCACAAAAUGAGAAUGAGGUCACAAAGCAAGACGGAGAAGUCGCUGAGAGAAAAGAGAAGACGGACGCGUUCCAGGCCCCGCCUCCUGUCGUCAUGUUCUCAGGGUCUGGCCGGAACGGCUCCAAGGGUCUGCGGCGGCAGAAGAGGGACUGGGUGAUCCCACCAAUCAACGUGGCGGAGAAUUCUCGAGGACCGUUCCCUCAGAUGCUCGUCAGCAUUCGCUCCGACCAGGACCAGGACAUCUCGAUCCGAUACAGCAUCACUGGGGUGGGAGCGGAUCAACCGCCCAAUGAGGUGUUCAGCAUCGACCCCGUGGUCGGGAAGAUGUUUGUCACCAAACCUCUUGAUCGAGAACAUCGCUCUUCUUACCAUUUGCGUGCCCACGCUGUGGACAUGAAUGGGAACCAGGUGGAGAACCCCAUCGAUCUGUACAUCUUCGUCAUCGACAUGAACGACAACAGACCUGAGUUCAAAAACCAGGUCUACAAUGGUUCCGUGGACGAAGGCUCGAAACCAGGAACGUAUGUGAUGCACCUGGCGGCGUUCGAUGCGGACGACAACACCACCGCUAACGGAAUGGUGCGCUAUCGGAUCCUGUCCCAGACGCCACACAGCCCCAUUCCCAACAUGUUCACCAUCAACAGCGAGACGGGAGACAUCGUGACGGUGGCGCCUGGUCUCGAUCGAGAGAAAGUGUCCCAGUAUACCAUCAUCGUGCAGGCCACGGACAUGGAGGGCAACCUGAACUUCGGCCUCUCCAACACGGCCACCGCCAUCAUCACGGUCACCGACAUCAACGACAACCCUCCCAUGUUGACCUCCAGAACUUUUUCCGGUGAGGUCCCGGAGAAUCGAGUGGACGUUGUGGUGGCUAAUCUGACAGUGAUCGAUGCCGACCAACCACACUCGCCAAACUGGAACGCGAUUUACAGAAUCAUCAGCGGCGACCCGUCCGGGCACUUCACUAUCCGCACUGACCCCGUCACCAAUGACGGCAUGGUCACUGUGGUUAAGCCCGUAGACUUUGAGAUGAACCGGGCCUUCAUGCUGACGGUGGUGGUGUCCAACCAGGCCCACCUGGCCAAUGGCAUUCAGUCUUCGCUCCAGUCCACCGCUGGGGUCACCAUAUCUGUCCAGGAUGUCAACGAACCCCCUUAUUUCCCCACAAACCCGAAACCCAUCCGCUUUGAGGAGGGUGUCCCCGCCGGCACCAGCCUGACGACCUUCUCAGCCUCAGAUCCCGACCGACUACAGAUGCAGCAGAUAAUCAGGUAUUCAAAGCUGAAUGACCCCGCGGACUGGUUGUCCAUCAACAGAACCAACGGUCAGAUAGUAACCACGGCGAUGCUGGACCGGGAGUCCAUCUACGUCAAGAACAAUGUGUAUGAGGCCACGUUCCUGGCAACAGAUAAUGGCUUGCCUGCAGCCAGUGGCACGGGCACGUUGCAGAUCUAUCUGAUAGAUAUUAAUGACAACCCUCCAGCGCUCAUACCCAGGGAGUCUCAGAUCUGCGAGAGGGUGAACAGGAAUGUCAAAGGUGUCAACAUCACUGCCGCUGAUGCCGACACUGACCCCAACGCCGGACCCUUUGUCUUUGAGCUGCCCAACUUCCCCAUCAGCAUCCGACGCAACUGGACAAUCUCCCGGAUCAGUGGCAACUACGCCCGACUGGGUCUGCGGUACCAGAUAUAUUUAGAGCCCGGGGUGUAUGAGGUCCCUGUGAUCGUGUCGGACUCUGGGAACCCUCCACUGUCCAACAGGUCGGUCAUCAAAGUGAAGGUGUGUCCCUGCGAUGAAAACGGAGACUGCACCACUCUCGGGGCCGUGGCAGCCGCUGGCCUGGGAACCGGCGCCAUCAUCUCCAUCCUGAUGUGCAUCAUCAUACUGCUCAGCAUGGUGCUGUUGUUUGUGGUGUGGAUCAAGCGCAGAGAGAAGGAGAGGCAGACGAAGCAGCUGCUGAUUGACCCUGAAGACGAUGUCAGGGACAACAUCCUCAAAUACGAUGAAGAGGGAGGAGGAGAGGAGGACCAGGACUAUGACCUGAGCCAGCUGCAGCAGCCCGACUCCUUGGAGCACAUCAUCAGCAAGCCGCCUGGUGUCCGCAGGGUGGACGAGCGUCCCAUAAUCCCAGAGUCCCAGUAUCCAAUUAGACCUGUCGUGCCCCAUCCUGGAGACAUCGGGGACUUUAUCCACGAGGGUCUGCGAGCAGCAGACAAUGACCCCACCGCUCCUCCCUAUGACUCCCUGCUGGUGUUUGACUACGAGGGCAGCGGCUCCACCGCCGGCUCCGUCAGCUCGCUCAACUCCUCCAGCACGGGGGACCAGGACUAUGACUACCUCAACGACUGGGGCCCACGCUUCAAGAAGCUGGCCGACAUGUACGGCGGCGGGGACGAAGAUUAAACCGGCCCGGUCACACAGGCGCACGCACACACACACACACGCUCGUCCCGUCAGCUGGCCUGCCAUGCUCUGUCCCUCUAACACAUGGGGCUACAACACCCUUAUUGGUAAAAAUGACUUGUUCACACUGACCAACCAACCAAUCGAAAUUACCCACCACAGAGGACCGGUCCCCGUGAGUCAGUUUCUCUUCUCAGCCGUCACCCGCUCGAAAGUCUUAGACUGAAACUGAAGCUCCGAAUCGCAGGCUUCUCGUAGUUUGUCUCCUCAAACUCUUGUGCUUUCGUUUCAGUUUAGGUUUGACGCCGGAUGUAGGGUUUCAGUAACUUUUGUCUGGUUUUGUUUUUUCCUUUUGGUUCCUGCAGCUUUUUUUUUUCUGUCCUCACUCCCUUUUGAUUCAAGUCGAUUCCUAAGGGUUUUCACUUUUCCCUUCGCUGUCGGCCCCCGCCUGCCUCUCUCCGCAGAAGCUUUAGGUUGAGCUUCUUGCUUUGUCUGAGAGGAACAAAAGGAAGAAAGAAAAAAAAAGAAGAAGAAGAAGAAGAACGCGGAUAUGAAAGUCCUUCCUGCACGGAGGGCGCUGGUUUAUUCUUUCUUGAACUUGAAUUACUUAGAACAGAAGCACUGUUGUUUAAAAAGUGCCUUCAGUGGUGCGUAUUUUAGCAGACUCCCGCUAACUCAGGAUUGGUUGCCAUUUCUGGGCUUACAUGCCCCCAUACGACCCCUGACCCUUUAACUCAGCCCUUUCCCUCCUCAUUUCUGUCGUCCUGCAGCGCUGUGGCACCUGUGGGGGGGGGGAAGGGGGCGUCAGUGCUGGUUUGACUGGCGCUGUACUGUAUGUAGACGUACUGUACAUAGGCCAACAGUGUGUCUGUGAGUUAUGGACAAAUCAUUCACUUUCCAAGUCGGGCAUAUCUGUGCUCCUAUAGAUGUGGUUACGGAAAAAUACAUAAUGGGACUGUGUUAGAGAAGAAAUGCAUUGCGUGUGUCUUUGUUUAUUGUGGCUUUCAAUAGCAGCUGUGUUUGUUUUGAGCUCUCAGUAUUUGCACAUAAAACUUGAUGAGGCUUGUUGCUGAAUUUUCGACAAGUCAAGUGUGUUACCUCUGUGAUGUGACUGUAUGUGAAGUACAUAUGAGGGUUAUUUGAGGAGGGGUUUGACCUCUCAGGUCAUUAGGGUUUGCAUGUUGAUGCCGAGACACCCAAAGGUCACGAGCACGGCGCCAGUUAUCGUGUGGUCAAUGUUUCCAAAAAGAAAACUCCAUAAACUGUACAAACACGAGGGGGAGAGGAAAGACGAGAUGACUUCAAAUCGCUCCGAUAACAUUUCAUAGAGAGUCGUGAGCUCGUCUGAGCCACAUUCUGAGCCCCCUUCUCUCUCUCUCUCCCUCUCUCUGUCUCCCUCCCUCCGUUCCUUUUCUUCUUUUGUUGAUUCACUGUUGUUUCUUCGACAAACUUUUAAUAUACAAACUUUGGUGCUGGUCCCUGUCACCGAAACGAGGGGAACUGAGCCUCAGCCAGGGAUUUAGCGCCUUCGCAAUCUGUCUCUCUUCAGGCAGCGUUUCAUUCAUCUGAAAUUUUCUCCUGAAAUUGUUGGCAUGCGAGUUCAAGAGGUUUUGAAAAGAAGUUAGCGGAAGGGAAAGUCUGUUAUGAAGCGCCGCACUUUAUCAAAGCAGACGGGCAAAACUAAAGCUUCGGUAAUUGCGCUUUAAAAAGACAGACGUUUUGAAAGACAGUUGUGUUUUGUGACUUAAUGAAAAAAAAGCACCACUACCCAUGGGCUUUUGUAAUCAUAUUUCAGGCUCCCGGAACUGCUUCUACAUGGAGAACUGGGGGAGAGAGAGCUUUAGUCUUUAUAUUAAAUUAUUUAAAUAUGCAAAACAUUUCACAGAGGGGACCGGCGAGAUUCUGGUGAAUGAUAGAAAAGAUUUAAUCAUUCCUUAUCUUCUGAGUGCCCAUUGAAAUGCUCCUCGGUGGUUUCAUCUUGAUGUGGAUUGACCAGAUCCUCUAUUAAUUAAGAAUAUGAUGAACACUUGGGGGGGGGGGGGAUCUCCGUAGCUGCAGUGUUCUUCAGACGAUGCGAAGGUGAAGGAGUCUCCGCUCGUAUUCCUUUUGUAUUUCCGACCGCUUUUCACCUGCUCCUCACCUGCGUUAAAGGGUUCGCUGAAACUAUCUUUACCCUUUUUUCCGUCGUCGUCACGCAAACGGCAGAAUGUGCGAGAGGCUGGCGACGGUUUCAAAGCGGAAAGGGAAAAGAAGUGACAAGAGAUAAGUGGGAAAUGGUACCUGUUAAUGUAAAUAUUCAUCAUGCCAUUAAAAAGAGAUGAGGAUGCGAGUGAGUCGACUAUAAACAAGGGAAGGGAGUUUGAUUAAUAACGUUUACAGGGUAAGAAUCUCUUGAUGUAGAUCCGCAGAUAAAUGGGUUUAAAACGCACCUCGUCAGUGAAGAAACGGUCAGCGGUGAUUUUCCGAGCUGAGAGCAGGAGACUCGCUGCUGGAUAAGCUCUCAUCCAUCAGCAUACACAAAAUAAACACAGCUGUUACUUCUUACUCUUUGUGAUCAUUUCUGACGUAUAAAUGUUGUAUAUACAGAACUUUUUUUUUUUAUACAUUUGGUGGACUGACUUGUCUGUGUCCGUGUGGUCUUUCCAUUUUCUUUCACUCACUUGCUUUUUUAUUUCCAAUGAAAACCCGGGGCGAGGAAUAUGUCACCACAAAAAGCCAUGUGCAUUUAAGGAGAAUCGGUGCGAUUCUCAAACGAGCUUUCAGCCAUACCCCUCGUCGCUGUUCAAGUUCCCCGGUGGUGAAACGGUUCCAUCUCAAACCGACGUGUACAGUCUCCACUCGCACACACUCACUCCUCUAGGCCUUACUGUAUAUACGUGAGUGUUCUAUAUUAUAUAAGCCCUCUCAGCAUCGUUCCAAUUCAGCCACAGAGCUCCCACUUUACCGAAGGCCGUGCAGCAUUCACAGGAUACAGACGUACCUUUAUCAGACGUACAGACCAGAUUCAGGGCCAAACACAGCAGGAGGCCCAACCCCCUACACACACACACACACACACACUUUACACAAGGUAACUGACCUUUAUCACUGUGUCAUCAUACAUGACACAAACGCCAUUACGAUACUGAAUGUUAUCGCAGACUCGCAGUGACAAGUGGCAGCAAAUCACCGGUGGAGUCGGUCAAACUUGACCCCCAUUUAAAUGCAAUUUGUGAAACGGAGGAAGAUUGAUCUUCACCCGUUCCAUCCGUGCUCCACUUGUCUUAUUGACGUCCCCUCGCCAAAGUGAGGGGGAGAAUUGGCCAACGAGGGAAGAGCUAUCGCACUGCUCUAGUCCGUCCCUGUUCCCUGCAGCAGCUCCUCUGCCUCUCUGACUGGUGUUAGUUAAAGGACACGUGGUCUCACUGCGGACACACUGCCUGACCAUGGACACGCACAUGACGGGAGGCUCCAGCGGACGCCAGACUUUUUGUCCUGCCCUUGGAAAGAAUCACAAAAGAACAGGCGGCGGUGUUUUCGUACUGGUUCUCCCGAUACUGCUCAAGUGGAAGUGUACAUAAUGUAGUAUUUGCUUGACGCUAAGCAGACUGAGUUAGGCAAACUGUAACUGUACAAUUGGAGCUUUUUGCAUGUGUCUUUUUAUAAUGGACAGAUGAGUUCUAUUACAGUAAUCAUACAACAUUUUAAAAUGUGUCGCAGCCCGCAUGACCGGGGCUGCCGUUCGGGGAAAAAGGGAUUCUGGUCGACCAUACUCACUUAGUUUAAAAUGGAGGAGAAAAAAAAAAUUUAAAAGCUGAUAAAAAAAAUAAUUGCACAGUUAUUGAGUCAGAAGACCUCUUUUGUAAAUUGUCAACAGCACAAAUAUUUUGUAUUGUUGUUUGUACCAUUUUGUAAGAAAACAAUGGAGAAAAAAAAACCACCAAAAAAAUACAGAAAGAGUCUGUUGUUUCAAGCGUGUGUUUCUAGUGCCACUGCAAUCUUGGUUUCCAAAUACCGUACAGUACAUGCGCAGCCUUGCAGAUCAAACCUUGUAAAAUAGACGCUGAGCUGGAGACUCCCUGUCAGCACCAUGUGUUAUAAAUAAAAUCUCCCCUCCUUAUAAGAA